CAUUUUGCUUGCUGUCAGAAGAUUUUCCAUUGCCAUUAUCCAGAAAAAAGCACUGCACACAAUCAAAUUGUCAGUGCAGCCCCAGGCGGCGGCUCAUUGGACGGUUGACUCUUGGCCACCAGAAGGCGGUCUGCAGGAGUCGGGAGUCAAAUUCCAUCACACGUAGGAAGUCCUCGCUGGUCCAACACCACGAUACAUAACGGAGCGCCGUGCAGCGAGGAUCAGGGCCCUGCUCCCGUGUUACUGCCACUCCCGAGGGGCGUAGGAUCACCCGCACCAUCCACCCCACCGGCGGCUCCUCUCUGCGCGUCUGACCGGUCCGGUGGAGCCCCUGGCCGGCUACUGGCUGCUUUCUGGCUGAAGUGGACCGUGGAAGUUUUUCCUGGGAGAGACGUGUCAACGCCGUGGGUCUCCCAUCUGUUUACCCGGGAUCGUUUCUUUCCUUGCUUGCUUCACUAGAGGAAAAGUCACUCCAGGCAUGUGGAUGCCUGGAGUGAGAUCAAGAUCAAGGAGGACUAUAAGGCGACAAGCAGGCUUCAUGUUUUUAACAGUGUGGGAGUUUGAUCACACAGCAGAAUCGUAGAUUGGAGGAAGAGAAAGUCGACUUUCCCACAACGGAAAUGAGAUCAGUGUAGCCCCCCUACUACGGCAUCGCCCGGCACGAUUAUGGAUUAUUUGUUCCAGAAGUGAUCUGUUGCUGAAGGUAGUUCUUUCUGCGCCCGAGUUUUGUCUCUGCAGGCCGCCGGCUGCUGGCUGGACAUCCGUGAACAUCCAACAUGUUUGCAGGACUUCUGGGGCUGCAAUGUAACGGGAAUGGGAGCAUGGACCCCGGCCGCUCGUUGCUUCACCAUUACGAAGCCAUAGAAGGAGGUGGCAAGGCCUCGGAGUCCGCCGGUGAGUCCUGUCGCAAGAGGCCCCAGCGGAGGCCAGGGUACAUGCGAAUCGACCCACCCAGACCACAGAGCACCACGAACGGGGACGAGGAUGAAGAGGAGGAGGAGGAGGCGGAGGGCCGGAGCGCUCAGACUCUUAACGGAGGUCCGGGCGGUCCUGCGAGGAAGGAUCGGAGCAGCAUCAUCGACACGCCCAACACACCUUGUAAGAGUCCGGUACUCACCCCUCAAGAGCCCCUCUUCAACCCGGGACCGCCAGCCUCAUGUAGACAGCCAGAUGUCGUGGCUGGUUCCCAGGUCCACCCCACCCCCCCCCGCACACGCCAGAAACCCGUUGGGCGGGGCUCCGGUGAAGGGGCCGUCUACCAUCAGGGUGGGGAGCGGCCAAUCAGGGACGCCGGGCAGGUACGGUACUGCCGAGACCAGACAGAACUCCGGGGGGAGGCUCGUUCAACUCCAGCUUUAGUUUCAUACAGCAGUCGCUCAGCGCCAGCCCAAGAGAACGACAUCACCGGCGUGACAUCACUUCCUGUCCCCCGACCGGCCCGGAACCCAUCAGUGCCUCUGCAACAGUCGACCUCUAGUCCGGUUUUCGCCGCGCUGACAACCGCUCCAACCAAGACCCCGAUGCUGACCGCCAGCGGACGACCCCUGCCGAAGCUGUGCAUCCCGCUACCAGCGCCAGGGGUCCAUUCUCAGAGAGGGGAGGGGCUCUGGCAGGGAGGUCAGUGGGGGGUCAGCGGGGGGUCCGAGCUGCCCGACGGUGAGUCCUUCUCCCUGGGUACGGAGGAGUUCCCUUCCUCCCUGUCUGUGGACUCGGACACUGCCUCCUCCGUCACCUCCGGCUACGAGUCGGCCACGCCCGCCUCCUCCUCCUUCUCCGACCAGGGCUGGGACCCCCUGGUGAGGAAGUACGAGGGCGUCCUGCGAGAAUGCCUGCAGAACAACCGCGCCAACAGCAAGAUUGAGUCCAUGAUGUUGAAGCUACAGCGACUGCAGCAGAAAGCCAUCUUGGAUGAUGACUAUGACACAGCCGAGCGAUUUGGCAAGAAGCUGGGAGAGUUGUGUCUGGAGCGCAGUGCCCUGAAGCUGGGUCUGCCGUCCAGACAGCCCGGCAUCGCGUCUUUCCUCCAGCGGCUCACACAGGCGGUCAACAGCGCCCUCCAGAGGACGCUGGAGUGCCAACGCAGGGAGUCCCCUGAGCCUGAUGCAGUUGAAAGGUCAUCCCCUCAGCUGCUGAACCCAAGAGACCUUCUGGUACAGGAGAAGCACCAGGUGGAGGAGGAGAUGGAGGAGCUGCAGCGGAGGCUGGCGGGGCUGGAGGAGCGGCGUGGCCGGCUGGAGGAGCGGCUGCAGCGGCGGGAGGAAGAGGAAGAGGAGGAGGAGGAGGAAGAAGAGGAGGAGGGCGGGGGGGACGGCGAGGAGCUGGGGGGCUCCGUGCUGAGGGGCCUCAGCGCCGCCCAGCUGGGGGACAUGAGCCGCGCCCUGAACGACCUGGUGACCUCCGAGUGCCGGGCGCACAUCGCCCUCACGCCGUCGCCCCCCGUCCUCAGACUCCAAGAACAGGAGAAGGCUCUGAAUCUGUCAAUCAAAGAGGCUACCGCUAAAGCCCAUCGUCACUUAUACUUUCAAAAGAACAUCUCUGCAAGGUUUCCUAGAGACGUAGGAGGAGAAUAGAUGGGAUCUGAAAGCAGUUAUAACACGGGUGUCACCGUUUCCUCAUCAAAGCGUCAAAUGACCUUUGUAGAAAGUCGGGCUGCGCGGGUGACACGGGUAAGCUCUCCCACCAGCUCCACUGACGACAAACUAAUUGGCUCUUUAAUUAAAAAUAGAAAUGUUAAUCUUCCAAGGUAUCGGGUUAUGUAAUUCCAACCCAAAUGAUGGUUCCUCUGAAGUCAUGUGUGCCUAAAACCACGUUUUAAUUAGGGAGCCGGAAGCAGUGUCAACUUUGUGAAGAAGACUUUAAGGAAUGGUCCUGCAUCUUGAUGGU